AUGAGUGCCUGCCAGGAUAGUUGCUCGCCUCUCCCCCAAAUUACCAUUUUUGUUGUUGUUUAGUCGUUUAGUCGUGCCCGACUCUUCAUGACCCCCUGGACCAGAACAUGCCAGGCCCUCCUGUCUUCCACUGCCUCCCGCAGUUUGGUCAAACUCAUGCUGGUAGCUUCGAGAACACUGUCCCACCAUCUCGUCCUCUGUCGUCCCCUUCUCCUUGUGCCCUCCAUCUUUCCCAACAUCAGGGUCUUUUCCAGGGAGUCUUCUCUUCUCAUGAGGUGGCCAAAGUCUUGGAGCCUCAGCUUCAGGAUCUGUCCUUCCAGUGAGCACUCAGGGCUGAUUUCCUUCAGAAUGGAGAGGUUUGAUCUUCUUGCAGUCCAUGGGACUCUCAAGAGUCUCCUCCAGCACCAGAAUUCAAAAGCAUCCAUUCUUCGGCGAUCAGCCUUCUUGAUGGUCCAGCUCUCACUUCCAUACAUCACUACUGGGAAAACCAUAGCUUUAACUAUACACACCUUUGUUGGCAAGGUGACAUCUCUGCUUUUUAAGAUGCUGUCUAGGUUUGCCAUCGCCUUUCUCCCAAGGAGCAGGCGUCUUUUAAUUUCGUGGCUGCUGUCACCAUCUGCAGUGAUCAUGGAGCCCAAGAAAGUAAAAUCUCUCACUGCCUCCAUUUCUUCCCCUUCUAUUUGCCAGGAGGUGAUGGGCCCAGUGGCCAGGAUCUUAGCUUUUUGAUGUUGAGCUUCAGACCAUAUUUUGCGCUCUCCUCUUUCACCCUCAAUAAAAGGUUCUUUAAUUCCUCCUCACUUUCUGCCAUCAAGGUUGUGUCAUCUGCAUAUCUGAGGUUGUUGAUAUUUAUUUUUAUUUUUAAAAGACCAUAUUAAAAUGGCUCCUGCCCCUUCUCCGGCUGCCCACAGUCCCUUGCUAGGCCUUUUCUGCCCCCGCCCACGUCCAUUCUAACUGGGCAGCGCUAGGCCUUGGGAUUGGCUGGAAGGGAGAAGGGCCAGUGGAGGCUGAGCUGUGCCCAGGUUUGUGCAGCUGUCUGCUGGAGGGGGAAGGUAGGAAAGUGGGGGGAUGCGGCCUUGUGGGGUCGGAUGAAGGGAGAGAGGAAAAGGGGCUGCUUGGGGCCGGGGCCUUGGGGAACGAGAGAGGGCCGUCGAAAGAAGGAUGAGGAGAAAGGAAAGGGACGGCGUGUGUUGGUUGUCCACUUGCGUAUUGUGAAGUAGGGGAAAUAGGAUGGGUUACAAAUUUCCUUCUCCCAUGCUGGGCCUGCGCUUCGCCGCCAAAGCACCCUUUCCCUUAUUAAUUGAUCAAUUAAUUACAUUUUUAUACCGCCCUUUCCCCGAAGAUCCCAGGCCGGUGGGCAACGGAAAAGCACAAAAAGAGAAUACAAAAUAAACAAUAAAAACUAACCAAAUACCGCCCCCCCCUCCACGAAGCCGCAGCUUGGUCCGUUAGCCCAAGGCCUGGAUGAAGAGAAACUGAAAUAGAUGUUUGUGAAGGCCCCAGGCGAGCCUCCCUGGGGAGAGCAGCCCACAGACGGAGCCACCACAGAAAAGGCCUGGCUGUGUGGUGCUGCCCUCUGGGAUGGAGGCCUGGCUAAAUGUGAGGGGACAUAAAAUAUAAGGCGCUUCUGAGGCUUCCCUCUCCUCUCCCCUUCUCUGUAGUACGGGGUCCUGGUAAACCAGGCCCGGUGAUAUUUGGGUGCUAUAUAAAUUUUAAUAAUAAUAAUAAUAUGGUAUGCUGAGGAGGGAAAGCACUACCACAGGGGUAAGGUCUGGCUGCUCCUGACCAGGCCCAGCUGCGCCCGACAAUGUAUUUCCUCCAUAAGAAGCAGUGUAAAACGCUCUGAGGUGUUUUUUGCUUUUUUUAACCAAGUGGUGUAUAAUUUUUAAUGGAAAUAAAAUACGUCUCAAGGGGGGGGGGGCAGUGUUGGCAUCAAGGAGGAGGCACCAUUGGCCCAAAUGGGCUGAAAACAGCCUCUCAUUCUCAGUUAUUCAUGUCUGCUACAAUAGCGGCCCCAAAAUGGAAGGACAACAAAGUACCAACGAAGAGGAAGAAUGGCAAGUUAAACUUAUGGAAUACGCAGACAUGGCGAAACUUACAGGAAGACUUAGAGACAAUGACAAUAGAGACUUUUAAAAAGAUCGGGAACCGUUGAUGCUGUAUUUACAGAAACGUCAUAAAGAAUUAGUGGACUCAUGAGUAGGGUUUGAGUAAACACUUGCAAUUAAGAAAACAAAGGGAAAGGUUAAGAAACAACAACUUGGAAAUUAAGCAGAAGUAGCAAAUAUUCAAAUAACCAGAAAGGGAAGUUGAGGGAAGUCAUGGGGGUGAUAUUUUUCUUUUAUAUGAUAAAUGUGUGGAAUAUUAAAUUGUAAAGCUAAUAUACCUCCAUCUCCCCGGCUAGUCUUUCAAUAAUAAGAAUUAUCAUUAUCUGAAUUUAUAGCAUCAUCAUCAUCGAGUGUACUUGUAUGCCACUUUCCCACAGAAUCGUGCUCAAAGUGGAGUACAACAUGCCGGAUGAACAGCAUGAAAUAUAACAAUUCAAAAAUAGUAGGAUGAACACUUAAAAAUAAUCAGCAUCGCUGUACCAAUUCGGAAGUGUAAUUAUGGGAUGGGAUGAAGGGAAGGAGUGGAGAAAGGGGCUUAGGGAGAGGACGGUUGGUAGUUUUAGCAGAUGCAAUACUGACUGUACAAAAUUGAAGACAACGGAAAUUGGCUGUUGAGAAGCACUUUUUAGAGUGUUCAAAGCACUCCACAAUUUUCCCAGUCCUUAAAAAACAAUCCUGGAGGGCAAGUAUAUUUGUCCCUGUAUUAUAGAUGCAGGAGAUGAAGUGGAAAGUGGCAAAUCCAAAGUCCCAUAGCGAGUUCAGAGCUGAAGUUCAAGCCACGGACUCCUUGAAUGAUCGCUCAGUUUCUGAAACCAGCUGUAUUUAUUAUUUUAUUUCAAAUAUUCAUAUCUUGCCCUUUCACAAUAUUAAACAAAAUCCAUCCUAUGGUUUUAAAGAUGGGAUCAUUCAGGUUUUUUGUAGAGUAUUGUGAAUGUGUUAGGUAAUAUGGUUCCCUCUCUGGCCAUCUUCCCUUGAAGUGUUUCCAAAAGGAAAGUUUUCUCUAGAACCCGCUGUUCUUGCAGAGAUCCCUUAUGAAGUCCGUACAUUAGAGCUUUUAUGAGGAACCUUUUGAAUCUACCGUGAAACUUUCAGCUUUUCAGCUUUUGUUUUGGAUGGCCAUAAUUCCCUGGCCCUAAUCCAAUGGCUCUCUGCCAUCUCUCCGCCUGAUGCAGGCACUAUUUUUGGCAAGAUUUCACUUCCACAAGCAUAGUAUAAAACAAAAACAGUUUGAGAUCUGGAGUUUCUGAAGUUAAGCAUUUAAAUUAUUGUCAGCAUCAUCUUCUUCAAAGUGAUUUAGUGUCUAUCUUUUUCAGCCCUGAUAGAUGAAUUUAUUGUUUAAGCUAGGGUGCCUAACUGGUACUGUAGCCAAAAAUUCAAGUAUGCACUUAAAAUAUAUUCUCUUUGGCACUUGGGGACUACUUACUAGGGAUGCUUGUUUGUUUGCUUGUGACUAAUAUACUUAUUUGAUUUUAUUCUACAUUUACUGUGGUAAUUGAGGUUUUCUUUCCCCAUGUGCCCACUAUUGCACAGCUGUCAAGAGGUAUAAUUUUGCAAUCUGAAGUGUUAGAAGUGUUUCGAUCUUUACUUUGACACAUAAGAAGUGCUCUGAUUUUCAGAAGUAUUGAAUUAAUCAUUUAAGUUCAUUUUCUCUAAACAUACUUGUACCCCCCCCCCCGCAAGUAUUCAAUAUUUUAUAUCCAUUCAUCCAAAAUUCAUUGGGGUGUUUUGCAGUCUUUUUUUGGGGGGGAAGGGUGAAAAUUACAAUUUUCUGAUUUUGGUCCAGUUGUAUAAAGUGUUUACUCAGUCACAGCAACAAUGGGAAGGACCUGCACACCCUAUUCUGGCUUCUGCAGCGGGGUGGAACUAUUGGACCCAAUCCAUAGACUGUGCUAAGACACCAGCUGCAUUUAGUUCCUCCUCAUGCUCAAAUCUUUUGAUAUGCAAUGUUCAUUAUAAGAACUUGUAACUUUUAAGAACAAAAGAUGAGCUCAUCUGGUCUAGCCUGAGACCCCUGGGUAUAGAGUGGUAUAUUAAUAAUAAUAAUAAUAAUAAUAAUAAUAAUAAUAAUAAUGGCAUCCUGUUAUCAACCACUGAGAACUGGUGCCUGAGUUUGCUUGUUUUCCUACUCCCUGUUGAAGCCUGUGGGCUGGGACUCUCUACUUACUGUUCUUACUGGCCUUCACCUACAGUAAGCUGCUCUGGGACACUUUGCCUGAAGAUCAGGGUAGAAAUGCUUAAAAUAUACAAAACGUUCUCUUCUAUACCAUGCAAUUAUUAAAAGAGUGUAAGAACAUUCUGUGUGCUUUAAACAUAGGUUUCACAAAGUUGUGCUGCCACUCAUCACUUCCUUCUUCCCUGUUAGAUGGCCAAAUGUGAACCCUGUGAAAGAAACUACGACAACAUGGUAAAAAUGCUUGAGGAUCUGAACAGGGAUUUAGAGAAGCUCCUGGAAGACAUGGAAAAACUAUCAGGUGUGGUACUAUUCCUGCAGAGGAUUUAUGUGUUGCUAAUUAUAUCCCCCUGAGCCACCAAGGGAGAAAUUAGUGUGCAGAUUACAAUGCUCAUCCAGGAUCCAUUAAAUCUGAUGUGAGGGUCUGAUGCUCAUCCACAUCUGAGUAUAACUAAUCAAUACAUGCAAUUAAGAGCUGAAUAAGUUCUGUAGUGUCAGGACAGGAACAUGCUAAACUGCUUGGGCAUAUGUCCGUAGAAACUGUAGAUUACUUAUACAGUUGCUACUGUAUAAGUACUAUUCAUUAGAAAAAUUGCUAAUUUAAGCACCUUUAAGUAUGCUCUCUAUUUCUUUCCACAAAGCAUUGAUUUUUCAGGUCUCACAGAACAGACAAUAACAAAACCCCAACGUAACAAUUAUCCCUUUCAAGAUGCUACCAUUCUUUUGAAUGCUGAGUUCCUAACUAUAAGAAUAACCAAUGGACAGAAUUUCUUGUUUUUAUAGUAUCCUGUCAAAUAUGACAAGAAAGAUUUUCCUGGUAGAAUAUAAUGAAUUAGAGCUAAAUUACACAUUGAUUUUUGUGAACAUAGAUUUGAACCUGCAGGGAGAAGAGCAGUGUGAGGGUGGGUUUCAAACAUGGAACUGGGUGGAGAGAGGAUUUAAAUCUUAUCCACCACUUCUCUUCUCUCAGGUUACUUUCUAAAGAGGUUUUUCAGUUCAAGGACAGGUUGUCAAACUACUAUAGACUUCAAAUGGAUUCUUUUUUUUAAAAAAAACCCUGGAAUCUUUAUAGAGAGGAUUGCAAUGGCACAAAGAAAGUCAAAUACUGAUCGAGCCUCUUGGAUAAUUAAACAAUGCCUCAGAACCUAAUCUAGGUUUUGAUGUGAGACAAUAUUUGCAGGAGUUCUAUUACAGAUUCAUUCAAACAUUUCCACUAAUUAGUACAUACUUUAAAAAAAAACCUAUUCUCAGCCAGAUUGGAUAAAAACGGCAAGCUAGCUGUCAUAAAUAGCAUUAGGUUGUUCUGCCACCAUGGUCUAGUUAACUUGAAAAAUAACAUUCAAAUUACUGAAUGUGCCCUAUAACAGCGAUUCUCAAACUUGGCUGAGAUUUGCUGCACAGGUGGGUAGGGGUGAUGAAAAGUGUGUGUUGUGGGGGGUUAAGAUCACAAUGCAAACAGCGCCAUCCUCCCGCCAUCUGGGAGGAUCUUCAUUAAUCUAUAUUUUUUUGUGGGCAGGGGGAAGGACAGCUUAUUUUUGCUAUCAUUGCAGUCUGAUUUGGGAAAACUCGCUGAUUUGUUUUAAUAAUUCCCUAUGCACAUUUUUUUUUUUUGGGCGGGGGGAGAUAUUCUAUUGCUUUUCUAAUGCAAGUGUUGGAUGAGUGGCCCCACCCCACAGAUAUGUACACCCAGAAGCAGCAUGUCAUUCUUCCCUGAGGGUCAGUGAUGUUGUGGAAAGCUGUCAAUGAGUAAACUAGUUAGUUAUUGCAGUGAGUGCAGCACUGGUUUGAAACUUAAAAGUGUAUUUGAAGAGGUAUUUAGUCUCAGAGCUGGCGACUCUUCCGUUUUGUUAUCAGUUUCACCUUUUCCUUCUCAUCCGUGCCACUGCAACAAAUCUCAUCAAAUUAGUGACUCUGCAUUUUGCACCCUGUCCCAGUGCAGGCUACAUGGAUGGCUUAUGAUAUGGUGGUGAUGCGUGCUAACCCAGACUUGGCCAACUCUAUGAGACGACUGGAAGAUGCUUUUCUCACCUGUAAGGAAGAAAUGGAGAAGAACUGGCAAGAAAUGUUGAAGGAAACGAAGGGUGCUGAACAAAAGCAAGAAUGA